UAAGGCAGAAGGGAGCGAGGGGCAAGUUGGCCUCUUCUCUUUUGGGCUCAUUCCCUUCUCCAUUUUUGAUCUGACUGCUUGACAACUCUGCCCUCGGCAGGGACAGGAUUAAACAGUGCAUGGAGUUUUAAAGAGGCAGCAAAGCUUUUCAAAGUCUCCUGGCUACGAGAGAUAGUUAAGGUGUCCCAUUGGGAAGAUUACAAAUAAUUCCUGGGGCAACAUGCGGACUUUGGGAUUUGCAAAGCUGACUACCCUACGCCCUUGUAUGGCUGAGAUUUUGAUUUUUGCCGCAUUAUUCUGCAAUGUUGUAGAAAGUCGAGCGAUCAUGGGAAAUGUGGAGAGUGCACAAAAAUUUUCUUCUCUUCCAGUGUAUCUACCAGUGAACUACCGAAUAUAUAAAGCUGAAAGUUCAUUUUUUCUAAAAGAAGCCAACCAGGAUAUCAUGCGUAAUUCCAGUUUACAGUUCCGCGUGGAGCCUUUCUACAUACAUGAAACCAAGACACCCCCUGUAGUUAAUGCCAGUUAUGGACCUUAUGCUGUGGAACAAGUUGUCCCCAGGGCUCUCUUGCAGCCUUCUAAUGCUUUCAGCAUGGUUGAUAGAUUCACUUUCAACUGGAAAAUCAAAGCAAACAUUAUUGAUGAUAAAGUUUACUCCAAUCGACCAAUAGUGCAGAUUUUGUUUUAUAUCACGGGCCGAGACUGGGAUGAUUACAGUGUUAAUGAUAACCUGCCAUGUAUCCGGGUGUAUGCAUUUCGGGAAACAAGGGAAGUUAGAAACAGUUGCCGCCUGAAAGGAGACCUUGGGUUGUGCAUCGUGGAGCUGGAACUUCUGCCAUCUUGGUUUAACCCUCCCACUGUGGUACCUGGCCGUAAAAAGAUAGCUGAUCAAUCUGAGGGAACUCCAGUGGAACUUUAUUACAUGGUGCAGGGUACUGAUGAAGAUGGGGACUGUGAUGUAGAGGAGUCACGUAAGGGCAAUGCUAUCCGACCAGGCCGUAAUGAUGUUGAUGAAUCACUUCAAUCUCUGCAACGUAUUGGCAGUGUCCGACUUCGCCAAGGAUCUGGGAACCCACAGCGAACAGAAAUGAGGCUGGACAACAACAUUGCCAUCUCAGUUUUACGAAGACCUGUCAAGCAAGGUGAAGUCGUCACUUUUUAUGUGUCUCUGGUUAGCAGCUCAACUGUGGACCAGUUCACACUACGGGCAAAAGCAAAAAAAGGUGUGAACAUUGUUGAUGUAAAACCUAGCAUUCCAAGCUUAUGGGAAGUUAAACAGGAGAUGGGAAAUGGUGGGAAACACUCCAUCGCAACUGUUGUUUGCCGGAAGAAACCUGGUGCUUCAAGUAGCAGAGUUGACGGUGCUUCUUAUGAGAUCAUGCAAAUGGACUUUGAAAUGGAUAACUUCAGCAGUCUGUCGGUGACUCGUCGAAUCAUGUGGCAGGUGGAAUAUCCUGGGAGGACCUCACAGGUAGACCAGGACAAAGCUGUGUCAGAGCUGCACAUCAGUCAGAGGGACAUAACGAAGAUUGUACCUCUUGCUAUGAACACUGAAAUCCUCAAUACUGCAAUUCUAACUGGCAAAACGGUAGCAGUUCCUGUGAAAGUCAUUGUGGUGGAAGAGGACAGCACUGUGACGGAUGUGUCUGAGUUUGUGGCAUGUAAAUCAUCAGAUCAAAAUGUGUUGAAGGUUUCUGACAGAUGUGACUAUGUCUUAGUGAAUGGCAAGGAGAUGAGGGGCAAAGUGAAUGCCAUUGUCAACUUUACUUAUGAGCAUUUGAGUGCACCGUUGGAAAUCACUGUAUGGGUGCCUCGUCUUCCCCUUCAGAUUGAUGUCUCCGACACUGAACUCAGUCAAAUCAAAGGAUGGCGCGUCCCUAUCGUCUCAGAUAAAAGGCCAACGCGAGACAGUGAUGAUGAGGAUGAUGAUGAGAAAAAAGGGAAAGGAUGUACUCUUCAGUACCAACGUGCGCUGGUGAGGGUCCUUACACAGUUUGUAGCGGAAACCCUGGACCCAGGUGGGCAGCUGGUCUACAUGUUAGGCAAUGACUGGCAGGCUGACAUCACAGACCUGGUGACUGACUUUCUGAAAAUGGACAACCCACAGAUCGCAAAGCUGGAGAACGGGAGGAUCCUGAGUGGGCAGGAACUUGGAAUGGCCACAAUCCAGGUACUGUCACCACUUUCUGAUUCUAUCCUGGCUGAAAAAACAAUAACGGUGAUUGAGGAGAAGGUGUCUGUUACAGACCUUGGAAUUCAAAUCGUAGCAGGAAUUUCCCUGUCCUUCAAACUGAGUACUGCCAGCAACCGUGUCAUCGUUGCAACGACAACAGCAAAAGAACAGCUUCAUGCCUCAAAACAGGAAGCAAUAAUCAGUGGUUGGAUCCAGUUCAGUGAUAACAGUCUGACUCCGCUAGAUAUUUAUGAUCCCACGGACUACACACUCACUGUUACUUCGCGGGAAGAAACUGUCAUCUCAACAUAUCAGGACUUGCAGUUGCGGUGGCCAGUCAUCACUGCAGAGGGAGAAGGACAAGGGAACAUGCUGAAAGUUGAAUUGGUAAUCAGUGAAGUUUGCCAGAAAUCCAAACGAAAAAGCAUUCUGGCAGUCGGAAGUAGCAAUGUCCAGGUAAAAUUUGGUCAGAAUGAUGCAGGCUCGAAGAGUGGCAGUGAUGACAACGGUGAUGAGAGAGAAUUGGAGAACCGUGCAAGUGAUCGGAGGCAAAAGAAUGUAGAUCAAGACCGGACAGGGCAGAAUGGCCGCUACUUCAGCAGUGCUACUGCAGAUCGUGAAGAAAGUUCAAUGAGAAAGGUAAGCACUACAACCAAGGCUUCAGUGAACAAGAAAGGGAAUGGAAUAGAUCAGCUUUCAGAAGGUGACAGGCAGCUCCAAAACAUCCCAUUGGAUGCUGCCAACUUCCCCUCAAAUGACUUAACCAGGAACUCUGAGGGUGAUGAAAGCAUGGAUGAAAACGAUCUGGUCCAGGCCCCCAGAGGUCUGACUGACUUGGAGAUUGGAAUGUAUGCUUUACUGGGUGUUUUUUGCCUGGCUAUUCUCGUCUUCUUAAUUAAUUGUGUCAUGUUUGCUUUGAAGUACCGGCACAAGCGAAUUCCCACGGAAGCACAAGGGAACAUGAAUCAUUCCCACGACUGGGUUUGGUUAGGUAAUGAAACUGAGCUGCUGGAGAACUCUGCUGAUAUAUCCCCACAGCAGCUCUGUGAACACACAACAGUAAUAGACAGGGCAGCAGGGUUUGAGGAGAGCAACCAUCUGCUCAAUGGGGGAACCCAGAAGAAUGUCCAAGGGCAGAUACACAGGUCUGCCCACUGCAGCGAUGGGAAGGAGCGCAAAGAUGAACCUUUGAAUUCUCCCACCACAAAACGAAAACGGGUAAAGUUUACAACAUUUACUACAAUUCCGCCAGAUGAUGGAUGCCCUGCUACAAAUUCAAUCCUUUUGGGGAAUGAGGAAGAUAUUAAAUGGGUUUGCCAGGACAUGGGCUUAGGGGAGUCGCACGAACUGAGAAACUACAUGGAGAGAAUACAUGACAAUGUGUAACUAUGUUAUCCUAUCUGUUUUCAUUCUUUGCUCACCUUUAUGCCUUCAGUUUUGGGUGAUUGUGCAGGAAAUCCAGUCAGCAAUGGGACCGGUUUGUGGGAAUUAAGUGCUGGCAGCAAAGCACAGGUAUUGGACAAACCAGCACAUGAUGACCUGUAAAAUAUACCAUCCAGUGAAAUGCAAAAUUCAGAUGGAUUGGGGUGUCAUUCGGAUGGACAAUGGAAAAAGAGGAUGCGUAUAGACAUUUAUAUGAUUUAGAAAAAGAGACUGUGUAUCAACAAAUGGAAAGACAAUACAAAUGCAAUGGCGCAACAAGCACUGGUGAAAACAAUAAAUGUCAGAUCAAUUUGGAAAGGGGAACAAUACUGGGAAGAAGCAAUGGACAGAGGGAAAGUGCACUCUAAACUGAAUAAACAUUAAGAAUGAGCACUCCUGAUUGGAGACACCUUCCCGAAUAGGUGGGGCUGUGGAAGGAGCUCUUCUGAUUGGAUGACACUAUGGCAGUAGUCCAUGGGAGAUGGCCCUUAUCACCAGUGUCUUAAGGGCCAACUCCAAAUGUAAUCAUUUUGUAUGAUUUGUUAAUCUUGGACUUCAGUUGUAUUCUGAGUUCCUGGACCCUACGUUCUGUGUAAAAUUUAUUUUAUAAUGUCUUGUUUAUAUUUAGGCUCUCAGUUUUUUCAUUUUAUUAUUUAUGCUGUAGUAAUGAGCCGUACCCACCUUUAUAACUUUGGUGAAAUAUUUUAACAAAGUAUACCUAGAAUGCAUUGUAGAUUACUAGAAUGUAAAGUUUAUUUAUAAAUAUUAUACACAUUGUAAAUAAAAGUUGCUUAAGAUA